AAGGAGCAUGCUCAGUUACUGCAAAGCCGCGGAUGCGACGGGCAGCCGAUUUCAACCUUACACCGGCCCGGGUUUGUUGGCAAGCGCUUGCGCACGGGAGCUCUAUCCUGCAAGGGAUCCUUGAAUUUCUUCGGGAUUCCUGAUCUGCAGUGCAGAGCAAAGCGGGGGAACGUGUGGCAGCUGCUUCUGGGGUUGCAGAAGCGAUCCAAACAGGAUUUAAACGGCAGGCAGAUAUAGAAGAGGCGAGCGAGGACCAAUUCUUUCUCGUCUCUAAGCCAACCUGCGCUAUUAUUAUUUCGCCAAACCAGAAACCUGUGCCGUUGAGUUUCAUCCUUCGCUGCGGAAGACCGCGCACGCCGCAAGCUACUGGAGUCAAAGUUAAUCACACAGCCUUGAUAUAAAUUAUGUCAUCACCAGUAAACUCAUAGCUGCAGUAUCAGUCUGGAAUUCUUUUUCACUUCUGUUGCCUAUUGGUUCCAGAAUGAAACAGAUCAGUAGAUUUCAGAAAUUACAGUUCAGAUUUUGAUCAGAAGCCCAUAGGUAACAGCACCUAACUGAUCUUGUUGAUUUCAAAAAGCUAAGCCAGUUUUCACCAGGCAUAAUGGGGAAGCAGAAUAGCAAACUGGCUCCUGAAGUGAUGGAAGAUCUGGUGAAGAGCACAGAAUUUAAUGAACAUGAACUCAAGCAGUGGUACAAGGGAUUUCUAAAAGAUUGCCCUAGUGGAAGACUGAACCUAGAGGAAUUUCAGCAGCUUUAUGUAAAGUUUUUCCCAUAUGGAGAUGCUUCCAAGUUUGCCCAACAUGCUUUCAGAACCUUUGAUAAGAAUGGCGAUGGAACCAUUGACUUCAGAGAGUUCAUUUGUGCACUCUCCAUUACUUCGAGGGGCAGCUUUGAACAGAAAUUAAACUGGGCCUUCAAUAUGUAUGACUUAGAUGGAGAUGGAAAAAUCACAAGGGUAGAGAUGCUGGAAAUUAUAGAGGCCAUUUAUAAAAUGGUGGGCACUGUGAUAAUGAUGAAAAUGAAUGAAGAUGGUCUCACACCAGAGCAACGAGUAGACAAGAUUUUCAGCAAAAUGGAUAAGAACAAAGAUGAUCAGAUUACAUUGGAUGAAUUCAAAGAAGCUGCAAAGAGUGACCCUUCCAUCGUAUUACUCCUGCAAUGUGACAUUCAGAAAUGAGCUUGUAUAAAAUGCUUUCAUGGACUGCACAGAAGUUUAAAUGUUCCAUUCAGUUUGCAGCUAUCUACACAACACCCACACACACACACACACACACACACACACAACAAAAAUUGCUUGGACUACCUAUCAAUGGACUUGCUUCUUGUGUUUGAAACACUUGUGUGCAUGAGAAUGUCAAUUGCUAAAGAAUUUUAAAAGUAUCUAUUAUAAAACAAAACUAUGCCACAAUGUGAUGUGUGCAAUGUCAUUUCGUAAGUCCUUUUUCCUCUGAUGCCUACGCAGCAUUACCGUGCUGCAGUGAACUAUACUAUUUAUUGUUCAAGUUUUACCGAUGCUAGCUGUAUGUCUUCUAAACUGGAUAAUGUUAGUGACCCUGAACUCCCCAUGGUAGUGUAACUGUUCAUUAGCAAGUAUGUCACCAUUCUGCUGUACAGUAGUAGCGGACAGACUGAGGGCAGCUUUAGGAGUCUGAUCCAGACCUGUGCUUGUAUUGUCAGUGAAUAUAAAUGUAUUUCAUUUGCAUGACUUUUAGGUUUGCCUUAAUUCUUACCUCAUUUGCAUCCUUUCUUUAAAAAAAAGGUUCAUGUCAGAGGAAUGGCAUAAGAUAACACUUUCAAAAAGCUAACCCCACUAAGGUGUUCCCUUAGCUGAAAGUUAAACAAAUAUAGAAUACAUAGAAUAUAGAAAUAUAGAAAAAACAUUUUCAAGGCUGUUUUAUUGGAAGUUUAAAUUGUUUUGUUGGGAGUGUAUUAAUUUCUGCUUGAAAUUUUCAUAAGCUUCCAGAAAGGUUGAGAUCAAUGUCCCCAAAUAAAUUUAUAACAUUUGA